AUGGCCACUUCGCAAGGGGUUCUCCUCGCUGCGAGGCAUAUCCAGAACUUCUCCGAUGCCGACGGCUCAACACUCGAGCCUCACUGGGGCUACGCAGACCGGAUCCUGCCCUGCACAAAUGAUGCCGGCUCAUGCGCCUACCUCGACCUCGUCUACCACUCACACGACCUGUCUAUGCUAUACACAGGCAUCUUCUGGGCCUCGAUCGCCGGGAUAUUAUUAUUAUGGGGCCUUGGACGACGAAUAUUUCCACCACCAACGGCAGACGAGGCCAUCACCUCGGGCGCAAAGGCUGAAUCGCAGGGUUCCAAAACCAUCGGCGGCCUAGAGAAGCUGAAGCGAUCGAUAUCAAGUUUCCGCCGGACCUACCUCCUACCUGACUUCGCACCCCGGAUCCUGGGACAUGUCACCCGACUCCAGGUGCUGAUUCUGUUCAUCCUCGGGGGCUACCUAACCGUCUUUUCAUUCGUCGGCAUGACCUACCAGACCUGGAUCACGCCGGUCAAGAGCUCGCCCGGCCUGAACAACACGCGCACGUCGCUGGGGCCGUUCGCCGACCGCAUCGGCGUGCUGGCUUAUGCGCUCACGCCACUCUCGGUCCUGCUGGCCAGUCGCGAGUCGCUCCUCAGCGUCAUCACCGGCGUCCCUUACCAGAGCUUUAUGUUCCUGCAUCGUUGGGUCGGUUAUAUCAUUCUCAUUCAGUCGACCGUGCACACCCUCGGCUGGAUCAUCGUCGAGGGUGCUCUGUACCAGCCGCAGCCUUCGGAGUGGAACAGGGUCGCCGGGGAGUUGUACAUUCAGUGGGGUUUUGUCGCACUGGGACUGCUCGUGUUGCUAUGGAUCUUCGCCACACCCUGGGGCAUUCGAUUGACAGGUUACGAGGUCUUCCGCAAGGCGCACUACGUCUUGGCUAUGGUGUACAUUGGUGCCAUCAUCGGCCACUGGAUGAACCUGCAGUGCUUCCUCAUCCCAGGAAUCCUGCUGUGGUUCUUCGACCGCGUCGGCAGGGCAGUCCGCACUGGACUGCUACACUAUCGCUGGGUGCCCGCAAAGAACAAAUGGGGCUUCGAGUCCGCCAAGGCAACGAUCACGCGAUUCGAGGAUGCCGACAACGGCGACGUGGUCCGCCUGGACUUUGAUCAUAUCCAGCAGCCGUGGCACGUCGGCCAGCACUUCUACCUCUGCUUCACCGAGUCCUCGGUCUGGCAGUCCCACCCGAUGACGCCGCUCAGCUUGCCCCUGGCCGACAAGGCGGGCUCGGUGAGGCACUCGUACGUGAUCCGCGCAAAGAAGGGCGAGACCAAGAAGCUCGCCGACAUCGCGGCCAAGAAACUCGCCGCCGCCGCAGGGCCCGCAGCAGCAGCAGGAGGAGCGACCACGUCCGUCGUGCUCACGGGGCCCUACGGCGUGGACAUGCUCUCGAGCGUGACGCCCGAGACGAACGUCCUCUGCGUCGCGGGCGGCACGGGCAUCACCUUCGUGCUGCCGGUGCUGCUGAAGCUCGUGCGCGACAGGCCGGUGGCAGGCCGCAGGAUCGCGCUCGUGUGGGCGGUGAGGCGCGACGUCGACGCCAGGUGGGUGGCGGAGGAGCUCGAGUACGUCCAGGAGGCGGGCUGCUCGCACAGCCUGGACAUCAACGUCUACGUGACGCGGGAGAAGGAGCACCACGCCUCUGUGCGGCGGGGCGCCGCCGGGGCCGAGGCCGGGGCCAAGAAGGACGACGGGGCGCAGGAGAAGGUCGAGCCGGCUGGGUCGUCUUCUUCGUCUGAUGCUGGGGGUUGCGACUGCAAUGAUGUGAACCAUCACCACCCCGAUAAUACAGAGAUACCCGAGGCGAGGCGGCCUCAUCUGGACGAGAUUGUGAGGGACUUCGUCGGGUCCGUGGCCCGUGGUUCGACAACGGUGUAUGCGAGCGGGCCUGGCGGCAUGAUUGGGGACCUGAGGAAGGUGGUUGCGAGCUGUAAUGCAUCGGGAACUGUGUGGAAGGGCGAUGCGAGAGGAGAUGUGAGGCUGAUCUGCGAUGAUCGGUUAGAGUAG